UAAGGUAAAGUUGUGCGAGAAAAUGAUUUUCACUCGCUAUAAUUUGAGGUGAUGUUUACACCUUUUUCCUUUUUUUUUUUUCUUCGUAUCAUAAUAUAGAAAACAUAGAUCGCUUUGCGCCCCUUAUCGUCUUGCUUGGAAAACUUCCAGUGCAUUGGUAUGGAGCUUCACCUCCUAGGCCUAGCUAAUAAGCUAUGCUGGUCGUACACCUUUGUCUCAUCCUUCAACCCACGAAAACGACAAGUUUUGAUUAUGAAAUCAUCUAGCAGUAGUACUACUACUACUUCACAAGGGCUGCAGAAAUGUUCAAGGGAAAAUCUUUCUCGUAUACUUAGAACAGAGGCCGCUAUUAAAGGUAUCGAGAGGAAAGCCAACUCAGGGAAGUACACUAACCUUUGGCCCAAGGCGGUUUUGGAGGCUCUCGAUGAUGCUAUUAGGGACAAUCGCUGGGCCACUGCUCUUAAGAUUUUUGGUCUUCUUCGCCAGCAACAUUGGUAUGAACCAAGAUGCCAUACAUAUGCUAAGCUUUUGGUAAUGCUUGGCAAGUGCAAGCAGCCAAAUCAAGCUAACUUGCUUUUUGAGAUUAUGCUAGCGGAUGGGCUUCAACCAACAGUAGAUGUUUACACUGCACUUGUAAGUGCAUAUGGUCUUAGCGGCCUCCUUGAUGAGGCGCUGCGAACCAUUGAUGAUAUGAAAUCAGUUAGUAAUUGCAAGCCAGAUGUGUAUACUUACUCGAUCCUUAUUAAGUGCUGCACUAAAGUUCGUCGCUUUGAUAUGAUUGAAUAUAUCUUGGCCGAGAUGGUGUAUUUGGGAAUUGAAUGUACUUCUGUGACGUACAAUACCAUAGUUGAUGGCUACGGUAAAGCUAAGCUGUUUGAGCUGAUGGAAAACUCCUUGACUGAUAUGAUCGAAAGUGAGACUGCCUUUCCAGAUGUUUUCACCUUGAAUUCAGUAAUUGGGUCCUAUGGUAGCUGUGGGAAACUUGAGAAAAUGGAGAAGUGGUAUGAAGACUUCCAGGUAAUGGGAAUAAAGCCAGAUGUUAUGACAUUUAAUAUUCUAAUCAGGUCGUAUGGAAGAGCUGGCAUGUAUCAGAAAAUGGACUCUGUACUUGAUUUUAUGAGGAAUCGGUUCUAUUCUCCAUCAGUCGUGACUUACAAUAUUAUCAUAGAGACAUUGGGGAAGGCUGGCCUUAUUAAGAACAUGGAACAGUUUUUCCUACAGAUGAAGCAUGAAGGGGUGAAGCCAACUUCAUUCACUUAUUGUUCUCUUGUUAGUGCUUAUAGUAGAGCUGGACUUCUGGAAAAUGUUGAUUCAAUCAUGAGGCAAGUAGAGAAUUCGGAUGUAGUUCUAGAUACUCCUUUUUUCAAUUGCAUCAUCAGUGCUUAUGGCCAAGCUGGUGAUAUAGAGAAGAUAGUGGCAUUGUUCUUGGAAAUGCAGGUCAGAAAAUGUAAACCAGACCACAUUACAUAUUCUAGCAUGAUCCAGGUGUACAAUUCACAAGGGAUGAUCGAAGCUGCAAAUGACUUGAAGACUAAAAUGAUUACUUCUUGUGGUACUUUGGAAUCAAAUCAAUUGAUCAGCGGCUAGUUCAAUCUAUCUGCUACCGAAGGAAACCGUUCACUUGGGAUUUUGUCAAGCAAAGUUGUGAAAGUGGACAGAGUGUUGUCUGCAUGUGAGUCGAAGGAUGCUAUAACGAUUCGUAAAUCAGAUGGCAUGGAUCCAAGGAGAAUAACAUCGUGAGUCUAUUUGCAGCACUGCAAUUUUUCUUACAUGUUUCUGUUAACUUUUAAAGGCCUUAACCCACAACUAGACUGAUUUGUAGCUUGUGACGCUGAAGAGGGAAGGACAUUAUAGGGAGAUGCCAAUUUAAGGUUCCAAAAGCUCUUGCUAGGGAAUAGUUUGGUGCAACUUUUCUGAGUAGCUUUACAGUUGUUUUGCCUGUGUAUGUUAUUUCGGGAUUCUUUUAUUCUUGUAUUGACACAUGUACAUAUAGGUAAGAGAAGGAGGGAGCAGUUAAAGUACUGGUGCUUACUUGUAAUGAUCCAAAGUAAAUGGGUCACGUGGAAGGCAUGUGUUUAAUGAGCAGAACUAUCAAGGGCCAAGAUUAGUAGUUAGCUAUUCAUGUCAAUGCAUGAUAUUCGUCCAGCUAGGAGCCAGUUGUCAAGAUCCAGCUUCAUGUUAAUAAAUACCUGGAGAUCCACCUUGCAAAGACAGUUAUUGAUUUACCGGUAUCCUUCACCUGAAAAUUCUCUCUCUAGAUUCUUCUUCCUCUCCUUCCUUCUUCUUAUUCUUCACCCACCCUAAACAUCAUUACAUGUAUUCAAAAGCUUGAAGUCAUCUAUUGCGUUGUAGUGUAGCUAAAUUCUUAGUUGAUUGAUUGUAACUGUUGACUCAUCUAUCUUCCUUUUGCAAUUUAUUAAUUCGUUGUGUUUGUGUUGAGUA